GCUGCUGCACCGACACACACACAGCCCUGCUACAAUGUUAAACUCGGACGACGGUUCCAGACUGGAGUGCAGUGUUGCGGUGGAGCGCGUAGGUGGCGCCUCCUCGGGUCAUGCUGUGCAGCGUCGGACCAUCCGGCGUGCGGCCAUCGUCCUGGGCCGGGACGAGUUCCGAGAGCUGCAGCUGCGUGUGCAGGACGUGCGCGGCGGGCCUCAUGAAAGUUUCCCCCUGCGCGAGUUUCGCCUCCACACUCGAUUCAUCAAGGACGGAAAGUGCACCGUGAGCCUCACGCCGGUCAACGCCCAGCUCCUGAUCUCAGACUGCCCACCGGACCGACUGAAAACGUUCCUCAAGACCCUGAGCAUCAAGCACGAGGCGUCGAAGGGCACCAACCUAAUGAGCGAGAGGGCCAGGAUGAGAGUGGCGCUCCCUCGCAGCUUCGAGACCAUCAGUCCUGUCCAGAUAAAAGAUGUGCAGAAGGCCAACGAGCUGAGGAGCAAAGUGAACGCCCCGCUGCAGAUCCGAAAAGGAUUGAGCGAGAGGUCUGGGAAUAGAGGUAUAGAGGGGCGACAGCAGAUGAAACGAGCCCGAACAGACACAGACUCUAGUCCGGUGAAUGCGCUUCACCCGUCUAAAAAGCCGGUCCUCUCCAUGCCAGUUGCACAGAAGCUCAGUAAAGAGCAGGCGGCCGUUUUAAACGCAGUCCUGACUGGGAAGAACAUUUUCUUUACUGGAAGUGCUGGUACAGGAAAGUCGUUUCUGUUGAAGAGGAUUGUGGGAUCUCUGCCUCCUAAGAGCACCUACGCAACUGCCAGCACCGGUGUAGCGGCGUGUCACAUCGGCGGGACCACACUGCACAACUUUGCAGGUAUCGGAUCGGGUUCGGCUCCUCUCGAGCAGUGUUUGGAGUUGGCGCAGAGACCCGGAGUCCUGCAACACUGGACAAGCUGCAAACACCUCAUCAUCGACGAGAUCUCGAUGGUAGAGGCCGAGUUCUUCGACAAGCUGGAGGCCAUCGCCAGAUCCAUUAGAAGAUCCACCGAGCCGUUUGGAGGGAUUCAGCUGAUCGUGUGUGGUGAUUUUCUUCAGCUUCCUCCAGUUACUAAAGGAAAGGAGAAACCUUUUUGCUUCCAGUCGCGGAGCUGGAGAAAAUGCAUUCACAUGAACAUGGAGCUGACGGAGGUGCGCAGGCAGACGGACCGAACCUUCAUCUCUCUGCUGCAGGCCAUUCGAGUGGGCAGAGUCACAGAGGAGGGCACGGCCCAGCUCCUGAAAAGCGCCAAUAACCCCAUUGAGAGGGACGGUAUCAUGGCAACCAGGCUGUGCACACACAAGGACGACGUUGAGCUCACCAACGAGAACAAACUCAAGCAGUUACCAGGACCGGUGCGAGUGUUCGAGGCUCUGGACAGCGAUCCAAUGCUGGUGAAAACUAUUGACGCACAGAGUCCAGUAGGACAAGUGUUGCAGCUGAAAGUCGGAGCUCAGGUUAUGCUCACAAAGAACCUGGAUGUCCAGAGAGGCCUGGUGAACGGUGCCAGAGGGGUCGUGGUGGACUUCUUGCCAGGAAAUCAAGGUCUCCCGCGGGUGCGCUUCCUGUGCGGCGCGGUGGAAGUGAUGAAACGGGAGCGCUGGACCUUUAAGGCGGCGGGCGGGCUGUACCUGAGCCGCCAGCAGCUCCCCUUAAAACUAGCCUGGGCCAUCUCCAUCCACAAGAGUCAGGGCAUGACUCUGGACUGUGUGGAGAUCUCGCUGGCCCGCGUGUUCGAGAGCGGUCAGGCCUACGUGGCUCUGUCUCGAGCGCGCAGUCUGGAGGGGCUCCGCGUGAUGGACUUCGACCCGCGGGUGGUCCAGGCGAACCCUGAUGUUCUGCUCUUCUACAAGAAGCUGAGAAGAGAGAGGCUUCUCCUCCAGUCCUCCAUGAACGACUUUGUUGGAAAGAACAAGGAGAACAAAGCCUGGUGAUCAUCUUCGCAUGAUUGUGCACUGUGUGCAUUUUUUAAUUUAUUAUGUACCUGCUGUAUCUGUAUAUCAGUACGGGUUUUACAUCUGAUCAUGACCUGUAGUGUUUUUAUAUAUUUUUUUUAAAUAAAGUGAUAUUUUUCUAA